CAGUAUUCAAUAUGUUGGACGAGAGGUCGGAACUCGAGACUCUGCGUGAGAUUUAUUACCUAACUGAUGGGGCGUCGGCAAACUGGCGCAAGUUGCUUGCUCUGGGCGAUUGCCUCGAUCAGCAGCUAAAGCGCAAGCUUCUCUGGAUGUGGCCCACAUCAGUGGAUUUGGAUUACUUUAAUCAGCUCCUAACCAUGCAGGGUAUUCAACGUGUUUUGAGCAUAGGCUGCGGCAGUGGACUUCUAGAAUGGCUUAUGACUGCAGCUGGUGGACGAAAAAUCUCGAUGUUUGGCUUGGAAAUUGACCGCAAUUGGUGGCAAAGCAAAUACUCUGUUCGGAGUUUUAUACCGCUUAACUAUGUGGAGGAUGCCAGCCAACUGGACACAGAUUUACUGACCAGCUGCUGCAAUGACGCCCCUCCUUGUGCAUUGCUGUUCUGCUACUUUAACAACCGAAGUGCUUUUCUGGACUAUCUAAGUGUGUUUCAGGGCAAGUGGCUUAUAAUAAUUGGACCACUGCCUACUCUGGGUAUACAUACAGAUCCCAAUCCCCUUCAGCCGCAACUGCCCGCCGAGCAUUGGACCCUUCGAGAACGCCUGAACUGGACUGAUCGAAACAUUGUGGCGUUCUACGAAAAGAUAGCUUAGUUUAGUAUGUAGUAACUAUAUAAUUGUAGUAAUAAACCAUUGCCUUAUGCCCUAA